CGUUGCCAUGACGAGCGAGGAGGAGGAGGAGGAGGGCCCCUCGACGGUGGCGACCGGGGUCGAUGAUGUCAUUGACCCCUCCUCCCCACACCCGUACCAUCUGGAUGAGGAAGAAGAGGAGGAGGCCGACGACAUAGAGGAAGUGGACGAUGUGGACGGCAGCAGCGCCACCAGCGUGCUGGUGGUCCCGCAUCCCGAACUGGUCCCGGUGGUCUUCUUCUGCCUCAAGCAGACCACCUGCCCCCGCAGCUGGUGCAUCCACCUGGUUUCCAGUCCGUGGUUCGAGCGAGUGAGCAUGAUGGUCAUCCUCCUCAACUGCGUCACGCUGGGCAUGUACCAACCCUGCCAGAACACGGACUGCCCCUCCGACCGAUGCCUGAUCCUGUCGGCUUUUGACGCCUUCAUCUACAUCUUCUUCGCCCUGGAGAUGGUGAUCAAAAUGGUGGCGCUGGGAAUCUUCGGCCGGCGCUGCUACCUCGGCGACACCUGGAACCGCCUGGACUUUUUUAUCGUCAUGGCAGGCAUGGUGGAGUACUCGCUGGACCUGCAGAACAUCAACUUUACGGCCAUCAGGACGGUGCGUGUCCUGCGACCGCUCAAAGCCAUCAACAGAGUGCCGAGCAUGCGCAUCCUGGUCAAUCUGCUGCUGGACACGCUGCCCAUGCUGGGCAACGUGCUGCUGCUCUGCUUCUUUGUCUUCUUCAUCUUUGGCAUCAUCGGCGUUCAGUUGUGGGCGGGGCUGCUGAGGAACCGCUGCUACCCGGAGGAGAACUUCACGCUGACGACGGGCGUCCGCCUGCCGCAUCCGUACUACAUGGCGGACGAGGACGACGAGCGUCCCUUCAUCUGUUCCUUGCCCAUGGACAACGGCAUCAUGUCGUGCCGGGACGUGCCGUCGCGGCGCGAGGGCGGCCGCGCCUGCUGCCUGGACAAGGACGACGUGCUCCGCCGCCGCUCGCUGGGCCUCGGCGCCGAGCCUCCGCUCAACGGCUCGACGGGCCUGUGCGUCAACUGGAACCAGUACUACAGCAGGUGUCGCACCGGAUUCAGCAACCCGCACAAGGGAGCCAUCAACUUUGACAACAUCGCCUACGCCUGGAUCGUCAUCUUCCAGGUGAUCACGCUGGAGGGCUGGGUGGAGAUUAUGUACUACGUGAUGGACGCGCAUUCCUUCUACAACUUCAUCUACUUCAUCCUGCUCAUCAUUGUGGGCUCCUUCUUCAUGAUCAACCUGUGCCUGGUGGUGAUCGCCACGCAGUUCUCGGAGACCAAGCAGCGCGAGCACCAGCUGAUGCAGGAGCAGCGGGCGCGCUGCUCGUCCUCGUCCACGCUGGCCAGCGAGCCCGGCGACUGCUACGAGGAACUCUUCCAGUUCCUCUGCCACGUCCUCCGCAAAGCCCGCCGCCACGUGGUGGCCCUCUUCAACGCCCUGCGCGGCAAACCCCGGGGCUUCCGCGCCAGGGGCCGGCGCCCGGCGCAGGCCAACGGGAGGGGAGCUCGCCAGCGUCGUGACCUUUUGCCCCACGGUGAGGGCCCGGCGGCGGGCCGCCAUAAAACUAAGCACGCCCCCCGCGGCGAGCCCCCGCCGCUCCCCGCCGCGGACGAGGCGGGAGGCCAAGCGGGAGGCCAAGCGGGAGGCCAAGCGGACAGCUGCGAGCGCUGCGGGCGGCUGUGGUACGCCACCAGGAGGAAGCUGUGGGCCAUCGUGGAGAGCAAAUACUUCAACAGAGGCAUCAUGAUCGCCAUCCUCAUCAACACCAUCAGCAUGGGCAUCGAGCAUCACCAGCAGCCUGAGGAGCUGACCAACGUUCUGGAGAUCUGCAACAUCGUCUUCACCAGCAUGUUCUCCCUGGAGAUGCUCCUCAAAGUCACCGCCUUCGGCUCCUUCAACUACCUGCGCAACCCGUACAACGUCUUUGACGGCAUCAUCGUCAUCAUCAGCGUGUGCGAGAUCUUGGGCCAGUCUGACGGCGGGCUGUCGGUGCUGAGGACCUUCCGUCUUCUGCGGGUCCUCAAGCUGGUCAGGUUCAUGCCGGCUCUGAGGCGGCAGCUGGUGGUCCUCAUGAAGACCAUGGACAACGUGGCCACCUUCUGCAUGCUGCUCAUGCUCUUCAUUUUCAUAUUCAGCAUUUUGGGCAUGCACAUCUUUGGCUGCAAGUUCAGCCUGAAGACGGAGACGGGCGACACGGUGCCGGACAGGAAGAACUUUGACUCGCUGCUGUGGGCCAUCGUCACCGUCUUCCAGAUCCUGACGCAGGAGGACUGGAACGCCGUCUUGUACAACGGCAUGGCGGCCACCUCGCCGCUGGCGGCGCUCUACUUUGUGGCGCUCAUGACCUUCGGCAACUACGUCCUCUUCAACCUGCUGGUGGCCAUCUUGGUGGAAGGCUUCCAGGCCGAGGGCGACGCCAAUGGCUCCUAUUCCGACGAGCGCUCCUCCUCCAACUUUGACGAGAGCGACAAGCAGGAUUCCGUCAAAUUGUCGGAGCCCAGAAUCUGCAGCUUGACGCCAAACGGCCACCUGGAGCCAGAUGCCCCGGCGGGGUCCCGGGAGAGGCGGAGCUUCCCCGGCGGGUCCCGCAACAGCAGCGUGAUCAGCGGCGGCGGCAAGGGAAGCCUAGAGAGACGCUCCCUCUCGCUGCGACACGGUCGCAGUUCCAACUACCACAACUGGGGGCGCCCCUUCUAUCCUCAUUCUGCUUGGAGCCGCAGGUCCAGCUCCAACAGCCUGGGCCGCAGGAACUACUGCUUUGGGGCCCCUCUGGUGGGGGGUAGCCUCCGCGUUCACGGCACCCCCCGAGCGGCCGAGCAAGAGUCCCUCCUCUCUCGGCCCCCGCGUGCCCAGCAAGCUCCGCCUCCUCACGGUCCUCCCGCGGCCGGACUGUUGCUUUCCGGGCGGGAGCGCCGGGCCCUGUCCCUGGAGCUACCGGAGCUGGGGGGCCCACCGCCUCGCGCCGACUCCCGGAAGAGGAGCAGCAGGGGCUCUGUGACGGGGGCUUCCGGGACGGGGAGCGGCGGCGGGACGGAGCGCCGGGACUGUAACGGAAAGACUCCGGGACCUCACGGCCAGCUGAUGGUUGACGUUUUCCCGCAAGUCAACGCGCGCAAAGAACGAGCAGAUCUGGAUGAAGAGACGGACUAUGGUCUUUGUUUCCGGGCGCAGAAGAUGGCCGAGGUGUACAAGCCCGACUGGUGCCAAAGCCGAGAGGACUGGUCCGUCUACCUCUUCUCCCCGCAAAACAAGUUCCGGGCCCUCUGCCAGUCCAUCAUUGCUCACAAGCUUUUUGACUACGUGGUCCUGGUUUUCAUCUUCCUCAAUUGCAUCACGGUGGCUCUGGAGAGGCCCAGGAUCCUCCAAGGCAGCCUGGAACGGCUUCUCCUCACCCUUUCCAACUACGCCUUCACUGCCAUCUUUGUGGCUGAAAUGACUCUCAAGGUGGUGUCCAUGGGCCUGUACCUGGGCGAGACGGCCUACCUGCGGAGCAGCUGGAACAUCCUGGACGGCUUCCUGGUCUUCGUCUCGCUCGUCGACAUCGUGGUGUCCAUGGCGGGCGGCGCUAAAAUCCUCGGCGUGCUCCGCGUCCUCCGACUUCUGCGGACGCUGCGACCCCUCAGGGUCAUUAGCAGAGCUCCCGGUCUGAAGCUGGUGGUGGAGACCCUCAUUACCUCCCUCAAGCCCAUCGGCAAUAUCGUCCUCAUCUGCUGCGCCUUCUUCAUCAUCUUUGGAAUUCUCGGAGUUCAGCUGUUCAAAGGCAAGUUCUACUACUGCGUGGGGCCGGACGUGAAGAACAUCACCAACAAGUCGGACUGCCUGGCCGCCAGCUACCGAUGGGUGCAUCACAAAUAUAACUUUGACAAUCUGGGCCAGGCUCUGAUGUCCUUGUUUGUUCUGGCCUCCAAAGACGGUUGGGUGAACAUCAUGUAUCACGGACUGGACGCGGUGGGCAUCGACCAGCAGCCGGUGAUCAACAACAACCCGUGGAUGCUUCUCUACUUCAUCUCCUUCCUGCUCAUCGUCAGCUUCUUUGUGCUCAACAUGUUUGUGGGCGUGGUGGUGGAGAACUUCCACAAGUGUCGGCAACACCAGGAAGUGGAGGAGGCCAGGCGGCGCGAGGAGAAGCGCCAUCGGCGCAUGGAGAAAAAGAGGCGCAAAGCCCAGAAGCUCCCUUACUACGCCUCCUACGGGCCCACUCGACUGACCAUCCAUACUUUGUGCACCAGCCACUACCUGGACUUGGUCAUCACCUUCAUCAUCUGCAUCAACGUCAUCACCAUGUCGCUGGAGCACUACACCCAACCUCAGUCUCUGGAGACGGCGCUGAAGUACUGCAACUACUUCUUUACGUCCACCUUUGUCAUUGAAGCCACCCUGAAGCUGGUGGCCUUUGGGUUUCGACGUUUCUUCAAGGACAGGUGGAACCAGUUGGACCUGGCCAUCGUUUUGCUGUCUGUGAUGGGCAUCACGUUGGAGGAGAUUGAGAUCAACGCCUCCCUCCCUAUUAAUCCCACCAUCAUCAGGAUCAUGAGGGUGCUCAGGAUAGCAAGAGUGUUGAAGUUGCUUAAAAUGGCCACCGGGAUGAGAGCUUUACUGGAUACUGUCGUCCAAGCUCUGCCUCAGGUUGGAAAUCUGGGCCUGCUGUUCAUGCUGCUCUUCUUCAUCUACGCUGCUCUCGGCGUGGAGCUCUUUGGAGAGCUGGUCUGCAACUUUGACUAUCCGUGCGAGGGCAUGAGCCGUCACGCCACCUUUGAGAACUUUGGAAUGGCCUUCCUCACGCUCUUCCAGGUCUCCACGGGCGACAACUGGAACGGCAUCAUGAAGGACACCCUCCGCGAGUGCCCGCCGGGGCGUCCGAGCAGCGACUACGGCUGCCACGCGGGGCUCCAGUUCAUCUCUCCGUUGUACUUUGUGUCCUUCGUGUUGACGGCUCAGUUUGUCCUCAUCAACGUGGUGGUCGCCGUGCUCAUGAAACACCUGGACGACUCCAACAAGGAGGCGCAGGAGGACGCCGAGAUGGACGCCGAGAUCGAGCUGGAGCUGGCCCAGGGCGGCCUGUGCUGCAUGAUGGGAGGCAUCGGGGCCAUCGCGGGGGCCACCGGCGCGGUAGGCGCCGCCGCCGUCGGGGACCCGGGCGGACCUUCCGUGGCGGGGCCAAAGGACGCAGGGUCUGGCGGCGCUGCUCCUCAGGACGGACACACCAACCACAGAUGUCGACUUUAUUCUCCUGCUCAGGAGAGCCAGUGGCUGGACAGUGUUUCUCUGCUGAUUAAAGACUCGAUGGAAGGGGACAUGAUUGACAACCUGUCUGGCUCUGUCUUCCAUCAUUACUCUCCUGUUUGUAAAGACUGUGACGGGCACACACACGAGGUCCGUCUGGCGGAGGUGGAGCAGACCUCACUGAUGUCGGAGCAGCUGUCUGACAAAUCAUCGUCUACAGCGCUGCCCGAUGACCUCAGCCUGGAUGAACACGCCGGCUACCAGAUGCUGAUCGGAGGAAGCCAGGGUGGCAGCAGUGGCGGCGACUCCCACAGUUCAGGUGAGUUGCCAAACCAGGGGCAAUACGAGGGGCUCCCUGGUUCUGCUCCUUCCGGAGGAGAAGCCAAAGAGGAAGCGGUGCACCAGCUUUUCCAGACCAGCGUCUGUCCGCCCUCAGUGGAACGACAAAGCCCGGCGCAUUGCACAGGUGAGCGCCUCGGCGGCGUGGACGGAGGCCUGGGCUCUUCGCCGCUCUUCUACCUCCCGGCUGACUUCUUUCACCCUGCCGCCGGCCCCGGAGACGGGCCUCCGUCCCGCUUGGCCUCCUGGGCGUCCCUCCGCUCACCCGGAGCAAACAACGGGUCCACGCGCUCACGGCACCCGUCCCAGAGCGACUCGUCAUCGGCCGCCGGCAGUCCCGAAGGGAGGGGGGCGGCGCUCCAGGAAGGCCUCGGCAUCUCUCCACCUCGGGGUCACCCAUCCAAUGUCACCCGGGUCCAAAAUGAGAAGUACGACUCUACUCCCCACCUCCCGCCCACGAAAGGACUCCACCACCCCCAGCAGGAUGAAGAGGCGGGCCUCUCGCUGAGCCGUCAGCAGCUGGAAAGGGACGCAAACUCCCGCAAAAACAGAUGAAAGCUUUUUCUCCUCCCAUCGUGUCAGAACCCGUUCUGUGAUGACCCAAUUCUCUCGUCUUUGAACCGUCUGCUCUCCGUCACUCGACCGCUCGGGAUCGGUCGUCGAAAGCGCGACCUGUCUUUGCCCAUUCGGGGAAAUCGGGCUCCGGAAGAUGACGGGGGAAAAUGUCGCCGAAGCUUCUAGGACCUCCUGCCGACGCUCGUUGGAAGGGGAAGAACCGCCUCGUGGCCGGUCCACGGUUUUCUGGUGACAACAGCAUUGACCGACGAGUGCAUUCUGUCGGGUCUGGGACAUUACCAGGUUCUGUUCUGCGAUCUUGUGUGUGCUGAGCUUUCCAGCCUAGUUUGACAUCUUUUGAAAGGGGUCAUGUUAUGGAAAUUGGCUUUGGCAUCAAUUCUGAUCACCUGAUAAAAGAUAAGCAGAGCUGCAAUGUUGUUGGAUGCACAAAUGAAAAAAGUGCAAAGAUAUAGAUAGAUUUUUUUUUUUGCUGAAAAUGACCAAACAGCUCAUCUGACUCAGGUCUGCCGACGUGUAGCAAGAGAACAAAGCAAAUCAACUACGGCAAGCGGCGCCGAGCAAACUCUGACUCCGCUUUGCCUUGUCCGUUGUUCCCGUUGGCGGGUCGGGUCCGGUACAGAGUCCGGCGUUUUUUUUGUGCGAGCCGUACAUGUAUGCAUGACGCGGAGAUGUGUUUUCGUAGCGGAGACUUUGCAAGUAUUCAAUAUUGUACAGCAUCGAGUUUGCCUCCACCACGUUGGAGAUAUGCAAUACGUCCUUGUAGUAGAGCUCGGUCGGGGAAUGGAGAUCGUAUUUAUGUCAUUGGCUUCAAAUGGCAGACUGAAAGGUCACAGAAAGGGUGGCAUUGUUACAUGUCAUGUGUAGCCCCCAAAUUGCAUGUGCCGUUCUGUUUUCCUGAAUGUCAUUCUGGUCUCGUAUAA